UUAAUAGGAUAGAAUGAAGAUAGAGCGGGAACUCGACGUAGGAUUUCGGUGGGGCUGCUCACUAGUGACCAACUCAUCAUGACUCUGACCUUGAGUUGGGUGUAAAUCGGCGCCCAAAGGUUAACUUACAGACUCUUUUCCGCGAACUCGAGGAUCAGACUCUGAUCACUCGUUAUACCAGAAACUUCAGAAUCACCGCGAUCAUGACCGCAGCCACAACAACCCCCGCGGCAAAGCUGCAGCGAGAGAUGAAGGUCCUCGCACUGGGCCCCAUGCGAACCGGAACCGCGUCCAUCGCCGAAGCCCUCACCAUCCUGGGCUACAAGGACGUAUACCACGGCAUCAAGGCCCUCGAUGACAUGGACGACUGGGCCAUCUUGGACCGUGCCGCCGAUGCCUCGUUCCCUGUGCUCCCCACGUACACGGGCAAGCCUUUUACCCGCGAGCAAUGGGACGAGCUCUGGGGGCAUUGCGAGGCCGUCACCGACGUGGCCGCCGCCUUCGCGCCACAGCUCAUCGAGGCGUAUCCUGAUGCCAAGGUGCUCCUCGUCGUGCGCGACUUUGACAAGUGGUGGAAGAGCCUCAACGAGAGCGUCAUCGGCAAUCUCUGGAGCACGUUCGGCCAGUUCUCCAUCUCCGUCAUCGAGCCGCUCGUCGGCUCGUACUCAGGUGUCGCUUCGCGGAAGCAACUUCUCGGCCUAUUCGAGGCACACAACGUCGAAGAGUUGCGGGCAAACGCGCGCGAGGCGUACGACCGUCACCACCGCACGAUCCGCGAGAUGGUGCCGCCGGGCCAGCUGCUCGAGUACACCAUGGGCGAAGGAUGGGAGCCGCUCUGCGACUUCCUCGACAAGCCGGAGCCGGACGUCGAGUUCCCGUGGGUUAACGAGGCGGAGGAGCUGCGGCGGGUGAUUGUGAGCAAGGUCCAGAAGAACGUGUUGGUUGCCCUCAAGGUAGUUAUGCCGUGGGUUGGCAGUGCCAUGGCGGUGGGAGUUGGGUCAUGGAUCAUGAUGAGGAGGAGCGGGCGUUGAUAAGGAUUUAAAGAUGAGAGACGAUAGGGCCAUCUAACACAAACAUGAGAAUAUGGCAAACGACAAAGUUGGGCUUCUGGAGCAGGUAGCCGGCAUAUUGGUGCGGAUAGAUUACAACUGUACCUUAGAUUUAAAAAGAUUCACGCUCGGAUUUCAGCGCCAGCA